AUGUUUCCAACAUUUACCGGCACUUCGAGGCGGCCUCGGAAUGUCAACUUAAGCGGCCAGCGAACCACAAACCCUUGGGGUACUUCGAGUUGGUCUCCCUCUGCUUCCGGUGCCUCCAAGACCGUUGCACAAGCUCAAGCCGAACGUGAAAAAAGGCAGAGGGAACGUGACGAGCUUAACGCCGCCAAGAGACUCCAGAGAGUAUGGAGACGCCACAGGGAAAUACAAAGUUUCAAGCACAUUUGCCGAGAAGAUUUUGAUGCUUUAUAUAGCCAACCUAAUACCAGUUGUCAUUCAACUCGAAUUGCCAAUGCUUUGCCCCUCCUAGUCGUACUCUUCGAUCCAGCACGAACGGAAGACCAGCAACGUCUAGAUCUGUUCAUUGGGAAUCUCACCAUCUUGGGAUCAAAUUCCUCGAAUUUUGACGUAGUUACUCCAGAGUCCUGGGACCGGCUGGCACGCCUGCUUGUAGAAGCUUUGGAAAGUCGCUCAGCUAUUUCAUCCCAAGAAAUUCUCGGCAUUUUGAUCGAUCUUGUCAGAAGAAGACCAACUUCUAUCCUUCCAAUCUCGAGUCGAUAUUAUCAACUCCUGUCCAGAUACUUUGAGCAAAGUAGUCACGUGGGUGUUCCAGCCAAGCUACAAGAAAUUCUUACAGAUGCGGUCACUGUGCCUUUGGUAUCAAAUUCUCGACAAGAACCACAUACCCGUAAAGCAUAUCAAGCGUUUGCAUUCUCUUUCUUAACUUCCUCAGGCCUACGAUUCUUUCAACAGAAUCCUCAACAGAUCGCAUGUUUGGUAGACCUCGAAGAAUUAUCCCAGAGUGUGAUCGACGUCUACUCAGAACGAGAACACAUCACCACGAUAUCAAAGAAUGGCUCUUUAUGGCUCCUGGCCCAUUUCAUCGCCUUGAACAGAGCAGCUCCUACUUCACAGGGAUCCAAAUAUCUUGAAGCACUCUACCUCCAGUUGUCUAUUCUUGUGGACGAUAUUCGAAUACGAUAUAGCCGGCAUAGCAGCGCCGAUGAAGCUAAUAAUGAUGACGAUAAAGAGCUCAUCAAACGUGAGGAUGAGAACGAUGAUUCCACUCCUUUUGCUACUUGGAUCCUUAAUCAACUUGAUUUCCUCGUAGAUGAAGACGGCAUUUCGGAACUUCUGAGCCGAUUUACCUCAACGGCGCUGUCUCCUGGCCGUCUCUCUGAGGAUGCAAGUCUCCUUGCUGGUUAUACAUUAGUAUUGUUGAGAUGCUUCCCCAGCCAUAGUGAUGACAUCAAGAUGCGCCUUUUCCAGGGUGACAUUUCCACGAUUGACACGUUAACUGCUACCUCAACACCAUCUGUCAAGUAUUUCUGGAAAGCUGCUUCAAAUACUGAUAUUUUCAAGAAUAUUGCGCAUCCCAAAGCCCAACAGCAGCCUAACUUGGUUGUGACGCUUCUCCGUCCAGAUCCUGCAGGCCAUCAAGAGUGGCGGACCAUAUUACUAUUCCUUGAACUAUACAACUUUCUUCUAAGAGUCACUGAUGACGAAGAUUUCCUACCCGCAGAGAGCCAGAUCUCAUCAGAGCAGAGCCCUGCAACUUUACGAAUACGUUCAAGCAGUCUUAAUCUGAACGAGUUAAAGCAAUUGAUCAACUUCCUCAAAAGUCUAUCAUUCCCAUUAUAUUAUAAUCUACCUGCCAUCAUGCCGUCAACCUCAAGGCCACCUCGGUUGAACAGUCUUAUGGGCAUCAGCUCCACAGGAACAAAUACGCAAGAGGAAGAAGCCAAGACGGGGCAGUCAUCAUUCGCUGGCAUCAUUGGGAUGGAUGUUUUGAGCUUGAGGAGCGCGUCAACAACUACUAUACGGUCAUUAUACGAAAGAGACUCUCGUCGACAUUUUCUCCCCAAGGACUUCUGGUUGAUGACCUCGAAGUUUGACAUGGAUGGUUUUAUCUCGGCCGUUGUCUUAGAAGAGCAGCAAAAAGACCAAAUAGAGGAAGAUGAGGGAGAUGAGGAUGCUUCAGAUACCUCAGAUGAGGAAGGGCUUGAUACUUUCCAUACCUUCACAGGACAACGCCUAUCGCGCGCAGCACAGAUAGAGAAACGUCGUCGUUUGCGAAGAGUUCAGCGCGAACAAUUGUUAGCCCAAGUUGGGCCAAAGUUAGAAAUUCUCCGCAACAUGCCAUUCGUCAUUCCCUUCGAGGUUAGAGUACAAAUAUUCCGUCAAUUCGUAUACCUUGACAAGUCUAAGCGUCGAGGAGGCCAUGUUGAUCCAGAUCGAUGGCGUCUAUCGGUGAUAUCAGGAGAAGGUGGGUUUAAUAACCCUUCAGCACGAGGGAGGGAUAUACUUGGUCGUCAUUCGGCUCGGGUCAAGCGCGGAAGGGUAUUCGAUGACGCGUACGAGCAAUUCUAUUCGCUUGGUGAGGGACUGAAGGAACCCAUUCAGAUAGCGUUUGUUGAUCAGUUCAACCAGCUUGAAGCUGGAAUCGAUGGCGGCGGUGUUACGAAAGAAUUUCUCAUCAGCGUCACCGACGAAGCUUUCAAGCCUGGCUCGGCCGGUCACAACCUCUUCGUUACCAAUAGUCAAAACCUACUAUACCCGAAUCCAACUGUGUUUGAUGACCUCGCCGAGGCCCUCCGCUAUAUGGGGUAUUCAGAAGGCGAUGCUAAGUGGAAAGAGAACGUGACAGAUCUUGCUAAACGUUACGAGUUCCUCGGUCGGGUGGUAGGAAAGUGCAUGUACGAGGGCAUCCUGAUUGACAAGGCCUUUGCAGGUUUCUUUCUCCUGAAGUGGUCAGUGUCAGGGCAAGGCUCGCUGACGGACUACCGUGCAAACCUGAAUGACUUGCGAGAUCUAGAUCCAGAACUUUAUCAGGGUUUGAUCAGUCUCAAGAAUUACCCAGGAGAAGUAAUUGAUCUUUCACUAGAUUUCACCAUCACAGACCAGAUCUCGGGGCCUCUAGGCGAGGAACGCACGCUCACUCGGCCUCUCUGCAAAAAUGGUGCAGAUAUUCCCGUCACCAACACGAAUCGCCCCCUAUACAUUUCAUAUGUCACGAAUCAUCGACUCGUAGCGCAGCCCUAUAGACAGACUAAGGCUUUCCUUAAAGGCCUCGGGUCUAUUAUCAAUCCCGCUUGGCUUUCGAUGUUUAACCAAUCCGAGCUCCAGCGGCUCGUUGGUGGUGAUAGCUCGGAGAUUGACAUUAACGACCUACGUCAAAACACUCAAUAUUCAGGUCUAUAUGCCCUUGGAGAUGACGGCCUAGAACAUCCGACUAUCUUGAUGUUCUGGCAGGUUAUGCAGGAAUUCCAAGACUCGGAGCGCAGAGAAGUGCUCAAGUACGUCACAUCGACACCGCGAGCACCGUUGCUAGGUUUCUCGCAGCUCAGCCCCCAUUUCAGUAUUAGAGAUGGCGGAACCGACGAAGAAAGGUUGCCUAGCACUAGUACAUGUGUCAAUCUCCUCAAGUUACCACGCUACACCUCAAAAGAGACGCUGAAAAGUAAGCUUCUCUACGCUAUUCAAUCGGGGGCUGGUUUCGAUCUAAGCUAGAGGACGGUCGCAGCGGUUUGUCGUAUGGCAAUGCUCAAGAUUAACGACAGAAGCUAAUACCAUGUUAUCAAUCUUGUCCUUUGG